AUGGCUCGGUUGCUCUUCUUGCAUGGGUUUCUGCAGAACGGGCGCGUCUUCAGCGAGAAGUCGUCCGGACUUCGUAAGCUACUCAAGAAGGCCGGAGUGCAGUGUGACUACAUAGAUGGGCCGGUCGAGCUGCAGCCCGCGGACCUGCCGUUCUCGGUCGAGGCCGAGCGGUGGAGCGCCACGGUGGACGCCGGCAUGAACCGGGCGUGGUUCCACCACACGGACGUGUCGGCAGACCUGAACGUCGCGGACGCGCUGGAGACGGUCGCCGCGCACAUCCGCGCCCACGGGCCGUACGACGGUGUGGUCGGCUUCUCGCAGGGCGCGGCGCUGGCAGCGAUCCUCACCAACCGGCUGUGCGACCUGGUGCCCGGGCACCCGCCGCUGAAGGUCGGGCUCUUUGUGUCGGGCUACUCCUUCACCGAGCCCGAUCCCGUGGCGCCGCAGGCGCUGCGCAUCGCGGCCCGCCACCAGCAGGCCUUCGCACCGCCGCCCGGCCAGCCCACGCAGGUGCUUUUCCUGUACGGUGCUGCGGACGCCGCGGUGCCGGCGGCUAGAUCGAAAUACUUGCAGGACAUCUACGUGAAGGCCUAUGGCGAGGACCAGGUAAAGGGUUUUGAGCACCCUGGAGGCCAUAUGGUCCCCAACAAGAAGGAGAUCAUUCGGCCGAUUGUUGACGAGAUCGCAAAGGCCCUGGGGCUGCCAUGA